UGCCUUCGUUUCCUUUAAUUUCAACGUGGAUCUUCCACUGGGUCGCAUGCACGCUUUAGAGUUGGAUUCCAAGAUUCAUCUCGUUGGAGGUUUCAAAUAUUUGUCCGUACUUGAUUAUUAUUGUGAUGGUCCUUGCUAUCCUUCCAAAAAAGGUCUACGAACUAGACCUUGACAAGGAGGUGGAGGAGUCGAAUCCAAUAGAUGAUUUUCCAAAGUUAUUGAUACCGGGUUCUAUUCUCUUCACAAAAUCUGAAGUGUUUGUUAUUUUAUAAGGAUGUGUGGUCUCGACCAUCUCAUACAUGAGGCUGGUCCUCUGAAUUUUUGGGUUCUACACGCUGCGACCAAGAUGGAAGAGUUUUCGUCUACUCUUAUGACACCCAUAACUCACAUUGGACCAGUGAGGGUGGCAAUAGUUUUACGCAUUCUUUUUUGUGUCCAAGUGUGUGGCCAGCGUCGGUCCUUUCUUCUAAGUGUGUAUACUCCAGGUAUCAGGUGGAUGAAUUGGGUGUCUGUUAUCUUCCGAAGGCUUGAAGGCUGCUUAGAUAGAAUGCCAUCCUUCAAUCAUGAGGAAAGGUCUGUGCUUGUUGAUCUUGAUGGCAAAGGCACGUUUCUCGUUAUGUUACCUGGCUUUGCAAAGGAACGAAGACAGGACCCAGUCCUGUGCGUGUUGGUUCUUCAAGUCAUUGUGAAGAAGGUUGUAUCCCAUCCCUCCCGGAUCCCGCAUAGAUCUGUGAGGUCCCCAAUGGAGUGUGAUUUCUUAGAUUGGAAGGUCCUUAGCAUGAACAUGUACAGCAUAAAUCGUGGCUUCGAUGAUUGGUUUAGUGUCUCUCUUUUCCCUGGCAUCCCCUGCAACAAAGCCAUUACAUACGAGGUCCGAAGGGGAGGAAAAAGAAAAUGCAACCAAAUUUGAGUUCCAAACAUGCUUGCUUUCUUCAAAGGUAAUGCUUGCCUCUCUGCUUUUUGUCAUCAUUGUCUUAUGUACCUUAAAGUAAAGUAGCUUUGUUAUUUGUUGUUGUCCCAUAUUGAUGUGAGUAAGUUUGUCAAUGCAUGCCAUUCUUGUUUCAAUUCAUGAAUAGAGGAAGGUUCUUCCUGGUGAUUUGAUUGUUAGUUUGGAAUAUUGUAUAGAUUCAUAUCAAGGACAACUAUGCUAGUUUUCUUAAAAUCUCUAAUCUAUCUUAUGUAUAGAUUAUGAUGUCAACAUAGUAAACUUCUGCCUUCUUGUUCCAAUCCAAUGGGAAGAGCACUACUUUUUGGA